GGGUUCUUCAACUUCGAUCAAGAGUGCUAUAGGAAAUACGGGAAAAUAUGGGGUAUUUACGAUGGCCGCCAGCCCGUGUUGUGUGUUGCAGAUCCUGAAAUCAUAAAGGCCAUUCUGGUUAAGGAAUGCUACUCUUUCUUCACCAACCGCAGAAAUUUCCAUCUGAAUGGGGCCCUGUAUGAUUCCCUGUUCAAUGCUGAAGAUGAUCAAUGGAAAAGGAUCCGUAGUGUCCUAUCUCCUUCCUUCACCUCUGGGAGACUGAAGGAGAUGUUUGAAAUCAUGAAGAGUCAUUCUGCUAACCUGAUUCACAGCAUGAAGAAAAAGGCAGACAAAGGAGGAGCAUUAGAACUGAAGGAAUUCUUUGGAUCGUACAGCAUGGAUGUCGUAACCAGCACGGCCUUCAGCGUAGACAUUGAUUCACUGAACAACCCUUCAGACCCAUUUGUGACAAACAUCAAGAAGAUGCUGAAGUUUGACUUUUUAAACCCCCUCUUCCUUGCUGUUGCUUUCUUCCCCUUCCUCGGCCCCAUACUUGAAAAGUUUGAAUUUUCUUUUUUCCCCAAAUCUGUCACCGACUUCUUUUAUGCUUCUCUGGAGAAGAUUAAGUCCAACCGUGAGACCAGCCAGCAGAAGAGUCGAGUAGAUUUUCUCCAACUAAUGAUUGAUUCCCAAAAGAACAAUGGGUUGCAAAAGGACAAAAGAUUAAGUGACCAUGAGAUCCUUUCCCAAUCCAUGAUUUUCAUUUUUGCUGGUUAUGAAACAAGCAGCAGUUCUCUCACUUUCUUGGCUUACAAUUUGGCUACGAACCCAGAGAUCAUGAGAAAGCUCCAGGAGGAGAUUGAUUCCACCUUCCCCAACAAGGCUCCUGUUCAGUAUCAGCCUCUGAUGGAGAUGGACUACUUGGACAGCGUCAUCAAUGAGUCUCUCCGGUUGUUCCCCAUUGCUGCACGUUUGGAGCGUGUGGCCAAAGCAUCUGUAGAGAUAAAUGGCCUUGUGAUUCCAAAAGACAUGGUUGUCCUGGUCCCCACAUGGCCUUUGCACCGGGACCCUGAGAUAUGGCCAGAACCAGAGAAAUUCAAACCCGAGAGAUUCAGCAAGAAAAACAAGGAGGAUAUCGAUCCAUACACAUACAUGCCUUUUGGGGUAGGGCCAAGGAACUGCAUUGGGAUGAGAUUUGCUCUGGUGGUGAUGAAACUGGCAGUGGUGGAGAUCCUGCAGCGGUACAGCUUCUCUGUGUGUAAAGAGACCGAGAUCCCAUUUGAGAUGGAUGUCCAGGGUUUGUUAGCUGCCAAAAGACCCAUCCAACUGAAGCUGAUCCCUCGUUCCUAAUAGUCCAGCUGAAGAAUUAUAUCUAAAUCAAAUUGUGAUGUUAAUUUUGGGAAGUUUAUGUUACUUUCCUAUAAAUUAAGUUUUUGUAUUAAUAAUACAUCAAACUUACAUAGCACGUUUUAGAGUAUGUAAACAAGACUA